AUGUCGUGCUCACAGCCCUUUCGAUUCCUGGACCUGCCUGGCGAAAUCCGUAACAGCAUCUACGACUUGCUGCUCUGCUCAUGGGAUGAUGAAGUCGAAUAUGACCCAAGCAUGAUUUGCAGCAGCCUGAGCAGGCGCGUCGCAAGCAGCCCAUCCACCGGCCUCCUUCGCGCCAACCGCCAAAUCCAUGCCGAAGCCUCCGACUACAUGAUCAGACGCAACCAGUUUGUGCGCGUCACCUGCCGAGGUCUGGAUGUGCGCAACCUCUUCCUCAGCGAAGGGAUUCCCGUCAUCACGACAAAGGCACGCAGCAUCAGCCUGUUUGCCGGUCACGUCAUGCACGUGACGCUCUCCAAGCCUGCCUUUGUGCCCUCGGCCUUCCAAUUUUCCGAAUAUGAGAUCAUGCUGCUCCGGUCCGAUUUGCCCCAGUUUUGCCAGCAGCUCGACAUUGAGAGCGUCAUGUCUGAUGCCAACCCAACGACAAGCGAGCAUGCGUCCAUCCAGGCGUGCAUCCGACUCAACUACGCCCAAACCCGUUUCCUUGCCCCCAAUGCACAGGAGCGUCUCUUGCAGCCUAUUGCAUCGUCUUUGCGUGGCGUGCCCAACCUCAAGAUUGUCGGUCCUGUCGAUAGUGCCGUGGCCGAGGUAGUCAAGGGCGAGGUGGCAAGGCCCCGUUGGACCGAGCCUACGGCGACGAUUGAAGAGAUUGAUACUGGCGUGGACGUGGGCAAGCGGCAGUGGCAGCAAAACAACUUUUACUCUGCCUCGCAGUCAUGGGCAUAUGCGAUGCGCACGCUGGAGCGCAUGCGCCACAGCUCGUCAUGGCAGGGUCUUCAAAAGACAGGUGGGGAAGGGUUUGUGAACAAGAUUGCCGAUCUUUACUUCACACUGAACCUGCUGCAUGCACAGUUUCUGCAGGUGGACAUGGCCAACGACGAGUCCCAGGGCAUUGUGGUGCAGCGCAACGGGCGCGUUGCGAUUCAGCAUCUGCGCAAGUGCGAGACGACGAGUGCGCGGUUUGCGCAACACGCAGGCGCUACAUGGAGACCGAGUAAUGCACAGGCGGCCAAGAUGUUGUUUCGCCAGGCAAGAUGCCUGAGGCUGAUGAGCGACACGGCUAGCAGCGUCAAGGCUGUUGCUCUAAUUGAACAAGCUGCAGCGCUGGCCCCUACAGACAUGGCCAUCCGCGACGAAAAGGAGGCCGUGUUGAAGUGGGAGGCCGAGGUGGAACAAGGCCGCCGGCUGCUAGAUGAACAAGCCCAAGCCGAUGCCGGGCAGAACCAGAGACCGUCCAUCUGGCAAUCCAUUCUGAGCGCCGUGGUAGAGCUGGCCUCUUGA